UUCAGAAAAUGGAAACUAGUGCUUUCUCUUAUUUAAGACACAUGGACCCAGCCAGGAUGGACUUCAGAGAACCUAGAGGAGAAGGUUCAGCACCACAGAGCCCAGAGGACCAGCAGCAUCUGCCACAGUCACAAUGGCCAGGCCCUGUGUUUUCCUGAUGAUCCUGGUGGUGAUGCACUACUGGUCAAGCUGCUGUCUGGGGUGUGACCUGCCUGAGACUCAUCACCUCAGGAACAAGAGAGGCUCCACACUCCUGGCACAAAUGAGGAGACUCUCCCCUCUCUCCUGUCUGAAGGACAGAAUGGACUUUGCAUUCCCUCUGGAGAAGGUGGAUGCCCAGCAGAUCCAGAAGGCCCAAGCCAUCCCUGUCCUGCAGGAGCUGACCCAGCAGGUCCUGAUCCUCUUCAGCUCAAAGGACUCUUCUGCUGCUUGGGAGACAAGCCUCCUAGACACAUUCUGCACUGACCUCCACCAGCAGCUCAGUGACCUGCAAGCUUGUCUGAUGGAGCAAGGUGAGGUGCAGGAACCUUCCCUGAGCCAGGAAGACUCCCUGGUGGCUGUGAGGAACUACUUCCACAGGAUCACUGUCUACCUGAAGGAGAAGAAACACAGCCCCUGUGCCUGGGAGGUGGUCAGAGCAGAAGUCAGGAGAGCCCUGUCUUCCUCAGCCAAGCUGCUGGCAGGACUGACUGAGGAGAAGGAGUAAGUCCUGAGCCAAAGUGGAGAGAACUCUCCUGGACUAGGAUCUUGCAACUUACUGCU